AUCUUUUUGUAUUUUUCUGCCGGAGAUGGGCCAGAUUAGGAAGGGCGGUACGAGGGUGGGACUUGGCGUUGGUGUUUUGGAACAUCAAAGAUGGACAGGGUUUUCGCGGAGGUCGCUCCUCAGAUAUCUCCACAACUACAGAUCAGGGAUCUUCCAAAAUCAAGAAGAUUGGUGCAUAUGGCUAGGUCUCUUCACCUUACAAUUUGUAUGGCAAUUUGGCCCGGGGUUGUGGUGUGGUAGGGGAGAAUGGGGGAUAAUCCCACGCAGGAGUUCCGAACGACGUCUGGUUCACAUUUGGCUGGAUAACUCCACCACCACACGGGGUAUGCGGUUGGCGAUGGGGUCAAAAUGCUCGUAUGAUCGAGGGCUUUUCGAUGGAUCUAUCGGCGGGUUCUUAUUCGAAAAAUCGAGCGAGUUCGUGGUGGAGCGGUUAGAUGUUAGUUAG